AGUCAAACAUGGCGGCGUACGUUGAGUGAAUGGGUUUGUUGCAUGAAAACAGUGAAAGCGUUUGGUGAAAGCAGAACAAACAUCGAAUAGAAAGUUUUGUUCGAGUAUUUCUGAGCUAAAGUGUAUACGAAAAUGUUGAGCAGACGUUUCGCGUUCCUGUCGUGAUGUGGAAGAAUGUCGGAGCGAGCUGGCAACACUUCAGAGUUCAGAGAGCUGUGGGGGAGCGUCUCCAAACUCUGUCACAGUGAAAUGCAGGACGGGAAUAAAACAGGAGUGCGGGUGUCUACAGAUCCACAGUCUCCCCUGCAUAAAGGUGAGGCUGUGUGCCGGUUAAAUCAGCCAUCGAUAGCAGACGAUAAGACUGGUGAUUUUAAAAAGUUUUACCAUGUGCACAAAACUUUUCAUCAAUAGGCUACAAGCGUCCUAGAUGUUGAUGGUGUUGUCCAGUGUGGGUUACCUUGGUGACUGAAUAAAUAACACUCACUGCCAAACACUAAAAAAAAAAAAAAACGUAGAUAAGUGUUGGGGCGCUGUUUUGAUACAAUUUUUUUGUUUGUCCAAUAAUGUCAUUGACAAUUUGAUUAGACUUAACCACAUCCUUCCUUGGCAUUCAGGACUAUUGUACUGUUGUGUUACUGUUGUGGGAAGGAACGGCAAGUGAUUCACGCAACUGGAUGGCCCAGCCAGGCUAUCUGCUGUGCCUCAGGUCAGCUGAUCAGCUGCUCCUGGAGGUACCGAGGUCCAAACUGAAGCUCAGAGGGGACAGAUCUUUUUCUGUUGCUGCCCCAAAGUUAUGGAACGAGCUACCCCUCCAAAUCAGACUAGCCCCCACACUGUCAAAUUUUAAAACUCGUCUUAAAACCCAUUUUUAUUCAUUGGCUUUCAACCCUGCAUGAGACUCGGCUCCUGUUUUAGUGUUUUAUGGUUUGUUUUUAGUUAUUUGUUUCUAUGUUUUUAAAUUAGUUUUUAAAAACAUUGAAACUAUAUUUUACUUUUUAAUAUCUGCUUUUAUUUUAUCCAUUGUUUUAAUUGUUUUUUGAUUGUUUUUUAUGUCUGCGUUGUUUUGUCUUUUUAUGUAGCACUUUGUUCAGCUGUGGUUGUUUUAAAGUGCUUUACAAAUAAAGUUGAGUUGAGUUGAGUUGAGCUCAACAAUGCUACCAUCUUUUCAUAUAAGCAGUUUGCUAGAAGUUGGUAAUUUUACACCAGUGUCAUGACAAACUGCUAACAGCAAUUUUUUUUUAACCUUCUCGUCAGCAGAUGAAAUAAGAUCGACAUUAUUAUAAGUAAAGAUAUGUACCAGUCAGCUAAUGUAUGCAGUUAAGUGAGCUAGAACAAGUGUAACCAAAUCAAAGGGCUGAGAUUGUUUUGUUUAGAUGAUUUGAUGUUUGAUUUGUAUUUGACACAGAUUUGCAGAGCCCACAGCACAAAGGAUACAGCAAAUUGCUCAGCUUGAAUAAUGGGGACUCACCAGGUGAUGUGGAACCAUCGCAGGACAUUUUCUGGGAUCCUACAUCUCCCACCCCGGCGAAUGCUGGUUAGAAAUUAAUUGACACUUCAUUAGUCUCAAUCUCAGGUUUUACAAUAAUUAUAACCCGCACAUCUGCUUCACAUGUUAUCUGCUCUUUUACUUUGCUGUUCUAAAGGAAAUGACAUGUUCCCUCUCAGCAGUUGUUUAAUAAAUAAGACACUUGUUUUGAUGCUGUUAGUAGAGUAAUGUCUACGUCUGUGUUUUUUUUUCAGGGCCCAGGAAUACCAGGGUUUUGGAGAUAUCAGACAUUGUCAACCGGAUUGCUCCGAGGGUUAGCUUUGUCUCUUUAAAUGUUACACCAACCCUACCAUUGAAUCAACUUGGUCAGAUGAUAUCUUUAAGAGGGGGUAUUGGUGCAUUUUUUUCAGCCUCUUAUACUUCCUUUUUGAUAGCUCUUUAAUAGCUUGACAGGAUCCUCAGAUCAAAAAGCCUGAUGUCUCUCUCAGUAGUGUACUGAAAUACCAUUAUUUUGGCCUCUGUCUAAAAUACUUCAUUAAAGCUGCUGCUCUAUUUUAUAAGGUUAUGAUAACAUACGUCUCCCCUUCAAUUUGAAAUUAUGCAUCUAGUAUGGACACCAAAAAUUGUAAUUUUGCUUUUUUGUUCUUGCAAAUAUAGAAAAGCAUAAUAAACCAUUUAUUUAGUUUAUAUUUCAUCCUUUUAUUUGUGUAGGAUGUGAAACCGAAAGGGACUGAGUCUCCUCUGCUACAGUGGAUAGGUGACAGCGCUGUACCUUGCACACCGGACGUUCCCAAGCCAAGAACCAGGAAAAGAUCAUCCCGGUAUGUUUUCAACUUGAUGACUGUGAUGCUCACUGGUGGUGACUGUCAAAGUCAUUCAUAGUGGUUCUGAUCUUUUCUUUCACGUCGUGCUGUUGAACAUAUAUGCUGACCAAAUUUUCGCCAAUAUUGACUCUUCAUAGGUCAAAGUAUUUUUGCUGUCUCUGCCUGCACUGGAUUGUUGACCUUUUUCUCUGAUUUGGUUUUCUCUCUGCAGGCAGAGCAGUGUGGAGGACCUCAUGAAACUGGCCCGGCAGUUUGACAAAAACAUGCAGCAAGACAAGGAGAUUUCAGAGCAGCUUAACCCUGUAAACAACAACCCCACUGAACCUGAGGACACAUCAGAAGCUAAGCUGGUCGAGACAUCACUCUCUGCCAAUGCGAAGGAUUCAAAGUGUCUGUCCUCAUCGGAUCAGGCUGAGGCAGAGCUGCAUGCUCUGUUUGACUGCUCCACUCAGAAAGUCAGUGGUCGACUAAGCCAGGGAUCUUCAUGCUCACAGGAAGUAAAAAAGCAACCUGAGACUUCAGCUUUGGCUGAACCUCGACAAUCAGAGCAAAAGAUGUCUGACAAAUCUGACCCAUCACAGCCUGCUCGUGCAAAAGGACCUCCUGGUGUUCGCGGUGACUUUGAUGACGACUGGGAGAAUGAUGACCUACUGAAUGACUCUUUUGUGCUGGCGAUUACCCAGAAUCCUGACCAACUACUUGACACCAAUGCUAAAACAAGGUUGUCUGACACUAAAGCGAACACUCCUCAAUUCCCCUCUGUUACAAACUCUGGGCAUCAGCUUCCAAACAUGCACUCCAAGCCAAGCUGUAGUGAAAUUCAGGAACUGUGUCCCAAACUAAAGACUACCAACCGCAGCACUUUCAAAUUACAGCCCAACCCUCACUUUCAGCCAAAAACAGCUGUCAAAGGAGAUCCCAAGUCCAACUUGACUGCUUUACACUCUAAAUCAAAGAUAUCUGAGGAGAAAUCUGUGUCCUCAAAGGUACCAACGAAUGCACAGCCUGCAAAGGUCAGCAAUGAUCACAAGACCUACCCUGCUGUAAGCUCUGUCAGAGACAACCCAGACAGUUUAUGGGAUGACGGGGAUGAUGAUGAUGAUGCUCUGCUCUUUCAGAUAUGUGACAGCGUGGAGAGGAUCUCCAACAGUCAGCCACAGCAAGUUUGCUCUAGCAUCUCCCCAAAAAAACAAGAGAGUGGUUUAGAUAGCCAGAGAAAAACCUCAGCCCCUCUGCCAAUCGAUGCAACCAGGUCAUCAAAUACAAGUGCCAGUGCUUAUAAAAAGUCUCCAUGCUCUUUUGUACGUUCAAACUCAUUGCCGGGGACAAGCUGUCAAGCUGGGAACUACCAAGGUUUGAACAUUCCCUUGAAAGGUGCCAACAACAAAUCAGGGAUGUCACAGAGCCUCCCGGGAAGUCGCAUGAGUCUGGGUACAUUUAUUAACCGUAGUGAUUCAGCCGCAACUUUCCAGGGUGGGAAUGAUAAUCUGGACCUGAUGCCACAUACAGUGAGAGCCAGGACACCGCAGACCUCCAAAUCCUGUCACACUGCUUUCAAGAGAAAUGUAUCAGAUACUGCAGUGAUAAACAACAAAGGUAGGCUGUCUCUUCUAUUGUUAUUGCACACAGGUGUUACUCACCAUCAUUGAAUGAGAAGAUGAUGUGAUUAAAAAUAGAAUUCUAUCUGUUGACAAAUAUCUGUAGCCAGAGAAACUAAUAAUUCACAGUUUUUUGUAAUAAGAUGAGAUACUCCUUUAUUAAUUCCCUCAACAGUUCAUCCUUUCCAAGAAACAUACAGUAGACAGACACAUACAGGAUGACAGGAACAGGAAAACUGUUGGAUCAUCAGUGCACCUUUGCAGUAUGUCUAGUCCUUCUCCCAUCCUCAGUGCCCUGCUGUUAGGCAGGAUGUUGAAGUGAAAACUCUCAAGUAAAACAGAUGUCACAUAUUGGUCUUUUAAUCAUUGGCAGUUCAGUUUAUGUGCCCAUCUACAAUUCUCCCCCAAAGCAGUAAACACGGCGCCAUGACUUUAAUUUGUUAUGCUGUCAAAAGUCCAAACCUCAAGAAGCUCUGCAGUCUGCAAAUGGCAGACUGAUUCAGCUCUACAAAGGAACUGGUCCAAGUUAUGGCUGCAACACUUGUAACUUAACAAAUUUAAAACUCUGUGGUUAAAGGUCAUGGCAUUGAUCCAGGGGUUUUAAUUAGAGCAGAUCUCCUCUUUCCCUACAGUCUUUUAUUCUUUUUUUUUUCUUUCCUCUCUCAAGUUUUUGUCACAAGCCAGAUGAGAGGGAAAUGCUCUGCAGCUGAGAUCGAGAGGAAGAAACAGGAAGCCUUGGCCAGGAGGAAACAGCGAAUGCAGAGCACUCAGAAACCAUGAGAGAGCCUUCUAAUGACUGAAGGGAUAUUCGUUGACUGUUAUAAGUCUCGAAUAAAGUCCUUAUUCCAGAGCAGUGUUUCCAUCACCUCUGUAUCAGGAGGUUUCCUGUGAUGAUGUCUGAGAUCAUGUCAUGAUCAAUAUGUUAAGUAUUUGAACUGAUAUGCUUGAGACCUUGGUGUCUUUGAGGAACAAGUAAAUAUCUGUUUCUUUGCUGUAUUUUUGCUGCUAGUGUAAGACAUGUGAAGAGCUCUAAAGAGAUUUUUUUGGAAACUUGAUAUUUCAUAUAUAAAAAAGAGGUUUACAUCCAUCAGUACUGAAAUCAUUUUAAAUGUUGGCACAUUUUCCUGUUUGUUUUUUUUUGUUGUUGUUUUGUUUUGUUGUUGUUUUGUUUUGUUUUGUUUUGAAUCAUUUCAUUUGUGUACUGGUCACAAAAAAAUAGUUUGCCUUUUUGUUUGAAAGUAAUAGUUACAUCUCAUUGAUAAUUUUCUCAUUGCAAUAACACUGCCAUUAAACACAAUGUGUCUUACACUGUAUCAUAUGUGUAUAUAUAUAUAUGACAGCGCAAACAGUGAGGUCAGUAGUUAUUUUAAAGACUGUUCAUGUGCCUUCAACCUCUUUUACUGAUGCACACUUUCAGUCUUUGGCAGUUUAUAGAACUUUGUAAUCAAAACAUCAUUUUAGUUGAACUCAAUGAAGGAAGUGACAUGGUGUGGUUUUUUAGAAGUUCUCUGGGGCUAAGGUACUAAUUUAAUACAUGAGAAAAUCAUUCCAACAGUCAGCUUUUCUUUCUUUGUCUUUGUAUGUUUUAGAUUUUGUUUGUGAGUGUCACAGUUUCCAUGCUUUUUAGUUUUGCACAGAUCAGAAACCUGUUAGACUGCAAAGAGAUCGUUACGGCCUUUGGGCAACAUUUAUUUUGUAGCUGUGCUCUUCGGCUUUUAUGAGUUGUUAAACGGUAAAAUCACAACCGUGGUAGUGUUUUUAAAACCCCACAGGAGUUGAAAUGACUUUACUUUUCUCAAAGCCUCAACAAGCUGAUUAGGUAUCCGUAAGAUAAAAAGUGAUCUCUUUGUGUCUACUUUAAUUCCAAUCUCUUCCUUUACAGAAACAUGACUGAGUUGGCUAUCUCCUUAUUUAUCUUUCACAAUAUGUCUGCCAUAUAUUAACACAAAUAAACACAUCAGUUGGCUGCUAAAACACA